AUGUCCUCUUCUAGACGAAAUAGCAGAGACUACGAAGGGGAUUCCUUCGAUGAUGCCCCCGAAGCGCCGAACACUCACAGCAGCCUCAAUGUUUCCAUCCCCCCAAGUUCCUCGACACGCUCCCUAACAGACAGCCCCCCAAGUGAUUCAAAUACUACGCCUCAACGGACGGAAGCUCCCCAAUUUCCGUCGGACCCCGCGGAGAAGACGAAAAAGGGUGAUAAGGAUGACACCCACUCGGACAACCUGUCGCAAGUCGAAACUCCACGGAAAGAAAAGCCCCCGAAAUCCCCUCUCCUGACGGCUCACCGUCUGUCCACCACGUCUCUCGAUGAUGUUAACUUGGCUGGUGGGGGCAAGGACGAUGAAUGGCAUAAGGCCGAGGACUCGAGUCAGGGGCAGAAGUGUGGCUCUCCCCCUCCGCUUCCUUCUAGGGAUUCGGCAUCCUCCCAGAGCUCGCAACUUCAGGGAUUGUCCGGUAGCCUUGCCCCUGUUACAUGGGCCCCUCCUCCUGUAAACAAAAACCCAGCCCCAGCUCCACCACCCCCUAUCACUCGGAAAUUGACCGGUCCCUUUGCCUGGCUUACUCGGAGCUCGACAAGCAAGGAGAUUAAAUCUCCCCCAGAGACCGGCCGUCGGAACACAGCUGCUUCUGUGUCGACGAUCUCCAGCAACCUGGAACUGCCGGGCCGAUCACAAGAUGGGGAAGAUCUAGAUGGUAUCCGGAAGCCGAGACGUAACAGCUUGAAGGACCAGUUUAAGUUGCUCAGGAUGCGGGAAGAAGGUCUGGCCUCGGAAGCCGAUGAAGCAAGUGUCGCGUCGGGACGUGCGAGCAUUAGUCACUCCUUGGGAGGUCCUCCCAGCAUCCCGGAGGAAGGCGAGAAUGGCUCAAUAGGGGCUCCCCACGCUGUUCCUCCUGCCACCUCGCCGCCCAAUGCGCCGUCCACGGUCAAUCCCAAUCUUCCGCCAGGAACCGUAUCAGGCUUCUCGGCCUCGGCAAUCGAUGCAUCUGCCCCCGUCGACUGGGAACUCUGGCAGCAGCUAGUCAACAACGGCCCACAGGCAUUGAAAGGGGCCAACUCGGAAGAGUUGAACGCGGCCAUCAAACGAGGAAUUCCACAAACGAUUCGGGGGGUGAUCUGGCAAAUACUAGCUGACAGUAAACCUGCUGAGGUCGAGGACAUCUAUAGGGAACUCGUCGCCCGUGGCACAGAUAAGGAAAAACUACGGGCUUCAAAUGGUACCGUUAAUGGAACCGUGGAGAAGGACUCGGCGGCCUCCUCGUCCCGCUCGUCCAUGCGCUCGGAGCACUCCGUCUCUGUAAGCCAUUCAAACGCAGGGUCCUCCCCGAGUCCUUCUCAAGAGCUGGACCCCGAGAAAUUAACGAAGGAACAAGCAGCCGGGGAGACAGCCCGCAAGAAGAAGGCGAAGGAAGAUGCUGUGGCCCUACAGAAAUUGGAGAAGACCAUCCGUCGGGACUUGGGGGCUCGGACCAGUUACUCCCGCUACUUCGUAUCCCAGGGGAAUCAAGAAGGCCUCUUUGGAUUGUGCAAAUCGUAUGCCCUGUACGACGAGGCGGUGGGAUAUGCUCAAGGAAUGAACUUUAUUGCCAUGCCAUUGUUGUUCAACCUGGAUGAGGUGGAGGCGUUCGCGCUCUUGGUGAAGUUGAUGAACCAAUAUGGGCUGCGAGAGAUGUUUACCCAGGAGAUGCCUGGACUCCACCGCAGCCUCUAUCUCUUCGAACGCUUUCUAGAGGAUAUGGAACCGGCACUUUGCUGUCACCUUCGCCGGCGAGGGGUUAAUCCACAGCUGUACGCCACGCAGUGGUUCCUUACUCUUUUCGCGUACCGCUUCCCCUUGCAGUUGGUCCUUCGCAUCUACGAUCUCAUUUUUGAGGAGGGACUGCAGAGCACUAUUCUGAAGUUCGCCCUCGCGAUUAUGCGCAGGAACGCGGAGACGCUGCUGGAGAUGAAAGAUAUGACCCCGUUGACGACCUUCCUCAAAGAGCGCUUAUUCGACGUGUACAUUGACAAACAACCCUCGCCAUCCUCAAUCCUCGAAUCCGGGUUUUUUGGCAGUUCGGGAGCCGCCGAUAAAGAGAUCUACCGGGCGGAUAUCCUCGUUCAAGAUGCCUGUGCUGUGAUCCUCGAGCCGGCGGCAAUCAAUGCGUACACGGUGGAAUGGGAAGAGAAGGAGCGGACUGAGAAGGAGCGCGAAGUCGAGCUCGAAGGGUUGAGACACACCGUGUCCGUCCAGGGUGCUCGUAUCCGUCUCCUAGAAGAGCAGGCCGAGGCAUCCGACAAGGAACACGUGCAACUGGCAUCGGAGCUUGUCCACCUCAAAGUGGAGAAUGAAGAAUUGACCGAUCUGAAUGAUGCGAUGAAAAUGCAGGUCAAAGAGCUCAAGAUUGUGGUGGAUAAGCAACCGGCCGAGGUUGAAGAGAAGCUCCAGACCGAGAUGGAUCGGAUCAUGAAGCGCAACGUGGAAGUCCAGAACGAAAACCGUUCAAUGGUGGAGCAAAUGGCCGAGAUGGAACGGGAGCUUGUGGAAGCGAAGAUGAAAUGGGCGGAGAUCAAUGAUAACUACGAAAAUCUGAAACAGAAAUGGAGCGAUCUCCGCAAAGCCCUUGACUGA